AUGAAUUCGUUUUCCAGAAACCCCGUUUCCUUCGUAAAUCGACUCCACGAUCUCUUCGCCGGAUUGCGGUUCUUCUCGAGCGGUCGCCGCCGCCUGCGUAGUAGGAGGAAGAAGGACGAUGCAGUGUCGGAACCCAACUCCGUUUCUCUGUACCUCCGCAGGGCGAAGGUCAUCGAUGCCCUCCGCCUUCUCCUGCGCUCUCCCGCCGGUGGCGCCGAGGACUCGAUUCGGGGUCUCGCCUCGGAGAUCGACACCUUCGUCGCUUCUCAGGUCAUCCGCGGCUCUCCGUCGCCGGAAUCGGCUAUCUCAUUCUUCGAUUUGCUCAGAACCAUUCCAGGGUACGCCCAUAACCAGCACACCUGCCACUCGCUGGCGAAGCGCCUCAGCAACUCGGGGCGAGCGGCGGAACUUCGAUCUUUCAUCCGAGCGAUCGAGUCCGGAGAGUACGAAGGCGUCUCCGUGAGUUUCAUGGAUCUGCUGCGAUGGCAUUCCGGCACCGGCGAUCUAGAAGCGGCUGUGAAUGUGUGGAUGGAAAUGAAAUCUUUCUACGAGAAGAAUUUCUCGGCCAAGAGACCGUGCACGGAGUCCUACAACAUCCUCUUGGAUUUGUACGCUGAGAAGGGGAAGCAUGUCGAGGCGACGAGGCUGUUUCUGUACAUGGUGAAGCAAGGCGCGCUUCCGAACCCGCGGACGUACACGAUCAUAAUGAAGCAUUUGGUGAAGAUUGGGAAGGUGGGGGAGGCAAUGGAGAUAUUCAAGAGGUUGCCGGCAAUGAGGAUGAGGAGGACGAGUAAGCAGUAUCUUUUGCUCAUUGAUACUUUUAUGAGUGUCGGUGAUGCUCAGAUGGUUAAGACUUUGAUUGGUGAAAUGCGGAAAGAUGGGGUUCUGCCUUCCCGAGGACUGAUGUCGUCGGUAAAGCUCUUGCAGGAAUCGGGAUUCACAGAGGAGGCGGAUGAGAUUGUGAGAAAGUAUUUGCCAGAUUCGAGAAUUGGAAGCCUAGACACGCAAUUGAACGUUCCGAAUGACAUGUUCGAUGAUGAGGAUGAAGAUGACGAUCAACCUGAUGAGGAUUGUGACGACAUUUAUGGGGUGGAAGACGACUGUGAUCGUAAUGGGAUAGCUAGUGGUUUGAAAUUGAAGCCAUGGAUUGACCCGAAUGCUCUUGCAAGCUGCUUGAAGAAUUGGAAUGCUGAUGAUGUUUCAGCGUUGGAGAAUGCUAAGUUUGUUUGGACGACUACGCUGGUUUCCAAAGUACUGAGGGGACUUAGGAAGGCAGACACUGCUUGGGAAUUCUUCUGUUGGGUAUCCCAGCAGCCUGGUUUCACUCAUGAUAUCUAUACGGUCUCUAGAAUGAUCGUCAUGCUUGCCCGCCAAGGGAAUUUUGAUUUAGUUGAUCGGCUGAUUGAGAAAGUUAAGAGUGAAGGCAUUCAAUUGUCACCGAGCACUGUUAGAUUGCUAAUAGAGGCGUAUGGGAGAUCUAAGAAUGCAGAUGCAGCUUUGAAGGUUUUCCGCAAAUUAAUGUCGUCGUUGUUUGGAUUCAAGCCCAGUCUUUUGUUGUAUUCUUCUCUGGUUCGCGCUUUGACCAAGGGUGGUAGAGCCACUGCUGCAGUGGAUCUUCUUGAAGAGAUGAUGCUCAUGGGUAUUAAUCCAGACAUUCAAACUUAUUCAGGUUUGAUGCAGCACUUUGCGCGUGAAGGAGACGUGAGGCAAGUACAACAGUUAUUCGGGAUGAUGAGACAGAGUAGUAUAGAACCCGAUGCACAUACAUGUUGUCUACUGAUAAAUGCUUACUGCAAGAAUGAAAGAUCUGCUUUGGCAUUGAGAGUCUUUGAGGACAUGGUAACCGCAGGAUUGGAACCAGAUGCAUCCACUAAAGCUUUUCUAGUGAAGAGUCUUUGGAAAGAAGGGAAACUGCGAGAGGCUGCAAUAGUGGAAGAAAGAAUUGGAGACGGAAAAGACCUUCCGAGGUCAUUGCUCGGACAUGUGUGGUCUGUAAAUUCUUCAGACCUCAUGCAUGUCUAUAGCGUCUAUGCAAAAUGCUUCACCAAGGAAAAUGCUGCCAACUAGUCAAGGAAGUAGUCCUACAAGUGUUGUUUUUUCCAUAGCAGUUGUUUGGGCUGUUGGAAAUGCGAGUCAGCUGGUUAUACAAAUCCAGAUGCUUAUACAGAAAUCGAUAUGCUCCGGCAGUGAUUGGGCGACCUGAUUGGUCAUUAAGCUGGAGGAGAGAAAAGAAUACUGACAACAUUCAUCAAAGUUACUCUUGUGGGCUGUACGUCACUAUCCAUCCCUUGAAUAUCGUUUAGUCAAUUCACUACGUGAAGAUAACUUGCAGCUGGGAGUAAACUGGUUGAGCUUGCGCUGCAUGAGGAUUCGUCUCAUGGUGAAGAUAAAGCAAUUGAUCUGUUCAAAGAUUGCUUGAAGGAUUGAAAUCUUCAACAAAACAAGGUAGAUAUGGUACCAGAGAUGGUCCAAGAUUUGACGCUGCUUAAAGGACUACUUCGGAACUGAGGGCCCCCAGUUUGGUACGACGCUGCUCCUUAGAGUAAGAGAAAACGCCUCUCUAGCCUGGGUCAUCUUUGUUAACUUGCUUUUAAGGUUCUUGGUAGAAAGGGAGCCUCGGGCCCUCAAGCCAUGGUUCCGAUGGUCGUAGAGAUCAGCUUCAAUGAACAAGGAGGAGCAUCUUCCAGUAAGCUGCUUGUGCAAGGUAUGCCACCCGGUCGUACAUCAUUCAGCAUCCUGCCAAUAUGGGAUACUUCUGUUCCAUCUCCCAGGAUUCAGAUUUGCUGUAGGCCCGCAGCAUCAUACGAUAUUCUGUUUGGUUUUUCACAUAAUCAAACCAGAAACCAAUAUUUGAGAAGCUGAUAUAUUGCAGGAGUUCAACAUUCCUUUCUGUUGAACUACAUCCACUGGAAUCGGCAGGCCGUCUUAAAAUCAGAUACGAACUGGUCAUGCCUAUAGAAAUUGGAUAUGGUAUGAGAAGGAUUUUCUAAUUGCUAGGCGGACUGGGCUACUAGCCUACUACACUUAGGCGGUGUUCAACACAGUGGCAGUACAAAAUUUUUUAUUUUUUAUUAAUUUAUAUCUCUUUAGCUGAAAAACCGAGGUGGUCACGAGUGGUCGAUUCUACACUUUCCAAUUCACUACUACUUUUUCCAUUGAAUUGUUGCAGGCUGUGUAUUGUUCUUUUUGUGGAUGGGUCGAAUAUCCUGUGCACAAAUUCAGUGGACUGCAAUUCUGUAAAAAGAGAUGAUGCUUGAUUUAGGAUUUCGAGGGCUGUCUUAGGCGUGAUGCAGGAAGAAGAGACAACAUCAGCUUGCGGAUGUGAUGCUGUAGAAUUUAGCACUUAAUUACUUUCCUCUGUGCAAUGACAGAUCAAUCAAUGGCACCAACAAAAGAACAGCUAGGCGUGCCGAGAAUCUUUCAUGCCCGUCCCGUCCAUUUUUAAGUUUAGUUGUACUCAUUUUUAAUUAGUUUUGAAUUUAAGAAAUAAAAAUAGACCAAUUCAUCCUUAUUA